AAAGAACAGGAGGAGGAGGAGGAGGAAGAAGCAGUAGCAGUUGUGUUUCCCCUCCCGUCCAGCAGCAGGCGGCACAGAGACACCGGAGCGUCUCUGACACCAAGGCGACGCACAGGAGGAAGAGAUUUGAGCGUUUGGAGCUACGUGAAUACUGUUGAAGAGGAUCUGCAUGAAGGUGAAUGGAGAGUAAAUCGCCCGUUUUGCUGAGUGCGGCUCCUCCUUACGGACACAUCAUCGCCAACGAGAGAUGGAGAAGCUCUGCGCUCAUACAAAGCUUAAAGGGUGGAGGUGUGAAAAUUGCCUUUGAGAAAGAGCUGGGUGUGGUGGAUUUCCACCUGCCUAACAAAAGCUGCAUCCUCUACGUGUCUGAAUGCGAUGUUAUAGCAGGAACCAGCUACAAAAGGAAGCUGGUCCGCUACAGGAAUGCCAACAGCAGUCUGCAAGAGAUGGUGCUGCUGGAGAAGACCCGGCUCAGCGAGCAGUACUUCUCCUCCGUGCAGAAGUUUGUGGUGUUUGACCUCGGCCUGACUCUGCUGCCCAUCAGCGGGCAGACGGAGGCGUCGCAGCUCAUCGCACAGAUUGUUCAAGGUGAGGGCCGGGAGAACCCGUUCAGGCGGAAGAGCUCGUUGCGGCUGCUGGAGCCCGUGUUGCUGGCCCUGGUGCAGCAGGUGCCCGGGGUGGGCCGGGUCAAAGCCCUCGCCCUGCUGCAGCACUUCCCCAGCCUGCAGCAGCUGAGCAACGCUGCCGCCGCCGAGCUGGAGCCUGUCGUGGGCCACGCCGCCGCCCACGCCAUCCACAACUUCCUGCACAAGCCCACUGCUGCUGGGACCUGAGGGGGGAUGAGGGCGUCUUUAUAUUUAUCAAGGAUGGAUUUAAUGAACACGCACUUUAUUGCACUGGAAGAGUUUGGGACAUUUGAACACUGAAGAUGAGACUAAAUUAAAAUUUACUCUUUUUGUUUGUUUGUUUCUCAGUGAAUGAGAAUUUAGCAUCACAUAUAGAGACCACUUUGGUAUAUCUGGGUGUGUGGGAGUGAAUAUUAUGAAGUCAACAAAUAUUUUUCCAUGUUUUAUAAUAAAAUAGAGUAUUGACUUA